AAAGCAUCGUAGGACUGAAGUUUCCGGUGUGUCCACCAGGGGGCGCAGCCCGGGGAGGUUCAAUCCGGACCAUUUACCCGACUUCUCCUCGUACCAUGAGCUGUAUCUGUCCGGGACAGACCAGGGAAGAUGGCGGCCACUGACCAUUCCCGGUCCGAAGCGGCCAAACAGCGUCGGCAGGAUCAGCUGCAGCGAUGGCUGGGCUCAGAGACGGAUCGGACGAGAUCGGAGGCCCGAGAAACCUCAAGCGGUUCCGGGACGCGGCGCUCGAAAGUACGGUUCGCCCAAGGAGCCGUGUUUAUGGCCGCCUGCUCUGCCGGAGACCGGGAGGAGGUCGCAGCGCUGCUCCGACAGGGAGCUGAUAUCAACCAUGCCAAUAUAGACGGACUGACAGCGCUUCACCAGGCCUGCAUAGAUGAAAAUGCUGAGAUGGUUCAGUUUCUGGUGGAGAGCGGGAGUGAUGUCAACAGAGGGGACAAUGAGGGCUGGACUCCUCUGCACGCUGCAGCGUCCUGCGGCUUCAUCCAGAUCGCUAAAUACCUGAUAGAGCAUGGCGCUUAUGUUGGAGCAGUGAACAGUGAGGGAGAGCUUCCUCUGGAUGUGGCCACAGAGGAUGUCAUGGAGAGGCUUCUCAAAGCUGAAAUCAAAAAACAAGGAAUAGACGUGGACAAGGCCCGAAAGGAGGAGGAGAGGAUCAUGCUCCAGGACGCCAUGGCAGUGCUGGCAGGAAGUGGCACUGUCACACCUCACCUAAACACCAAGGCAACAGCUCUGCAUGUUGCAGCUGCCAAAGGCUAUAUCGAAGUCCUGAAGGUGCUCUUACAAUGUGGGGUGGAUGUGGACAGCAGGGACAUUGACGGUUGGACGCCCCUGCAUGCAGCGGCUCACUGGGGCCAGGAGGAGGUGUGCACCCUUCUCGCUGACAACAUGUGUGAUAUGGGUGCCGUCAACAAUGUGGGCCAAACUCCCCUUGAUGUUGCUGAUGAAAACCUCGUGGACACUCUGGAGGAGCUACAGAAGAAACAAAACGCUUUACGCAGUGAGAAAGAGAAACAGGCUCCUGUUAUUGAGAACAGUCCGCCAAUCUCCAUGGUACCAGGUCGCCCACGCAGGACUUCUAUCUCUCGUAUGAGCAGUAAGGAAAAGAUCUGCCUCCAUGAGCGGGAGAAGCACCCACCUCCUGCCUUGCAUAGCAGUCCAGCUGAGGAAGAGGAGGAGGAAGGUCAGACAGGACAGGGUCGGUCUCAGAGCCAGGCAAAAGCCUCCAGCAGCUCCAGCUCAGAAGAGGAGAGUGAAUCUGAGAGCGAUGCAGAGUCAGAGAAAGCGAAAAACCGAGAGAUCAUCAACAACUUGAACAACAAACGCAACACCGGCAGCCUGCUUCCUACCUCCAUGUCAACGAGCACUGCUGCAAGCCAAGUGAAAAAGCAGAAACCAAUCAAGCCUGCAGCCACUGAGGCUCCAGGCUCCUGGAGAACGUCUCUGAGGAAGGCAGGCAGCUCGGUGACUCUGGGCUCAGCUGGACUGUCUGAUGCCAGCCAGGACUCUAGCAGACCUCCAGAGCUGCGACUAGGCAUGACCCGCUCUGCCUCCAGCCCCCGCCUCAGCUCUGGGGCUGACACCAAGGAGCCAAGGCUGGCUCGGGUACCACCCACUCCAACGCGGAGGCUUUUCAGUAUUCCAGACAGCAGCUCUGACGGCUCCAACAGCUGGCUAAGCCAUAGCUCCUCUUACACCCGGCGCCUUUAUAGUCAAUCAGGGAAUGAUAUCACUAGUUCCACCCCCUAUUUGCUUCACAGCUCAUCGUAUGGAAAGAAACUGGAUGAUCCCACCAUGACCUCAGCCAGCACAGGAACAAGCUCUGCUGGACUAGGCCGCCUUAAUAGCGCCUCGUCACAAAGAAUUCCUCAGGAACAGAAGGAUCAGUCUGCCGUCACCACCUCCAGCUCUCAGAGCACGACCACAGGUGAACAGGAGGCCAAGCAGAGGCGCAAAUCUUAUUUGACACCCGUGCGGGAUGAAGAAGCAGAGGCACAGAGGAAGGCUCGCUCUCGACACGCACGGCAGUCCCGCCGCUCCACUCAGGGGGUGACACUAACAGAUCUGCAGGAGGCAGAGAAGACGAUGAAAACGAUGAAGGCGGACAACAAAGGGAGAGAAAAGAAGGAAGAGGAAGAGAAGGAGAAAGAGAAAGAGAAGGAACUAAAACAAAAGAAAGGAGAGGAGGGGGAAGUGAGCUGGAGGUCUCGCAUUGCCAGCCUGCAGAAGUCAGACCUACUUGGCCUUACACAGCCCGCUGGCACUCCACGGCCUCAGACGUCUGACUAUUUUUGUGGUGCUGGUGGCUUCGUUCCAGAUGUUGAGGCCAGCACACUGGAGAGUGAGACGGAGCGAUGGGCCCGGGAGCGCAGGGAGAGAAGACAAGCUCGGGCCAGAAGGAAGGCACAGAGGCCUGGGGAGAGCGAUGACAAUGAUCCCAGUGGAGAGGAGGAACUCUCAGGAAGUGGGCUGGAUCCACAGACAGAGCAACACUUGAGUUCCAGGUCAAACGUACCCUGUAAUGACUGUACCCAGGGAGGAGAAUCUGAGACGAAGGAUUUUAAGAAGCUGUUUGAGGAGGUCUCCAGAGAAAACAGCCAGCUCCAGUCUCAGCUGCAGGACACCCAGAGGAUCAUCAGUCAGACCAGGUUGGACCUGGAAAAGGUCACACAGAGACAGGAGCGCUUUAGUGACUGUUCAGCCCUGCUGGAGCUGGAGAGGAAGGACCGGAGGAUGUUGGAGCGGCGAAUGGCAGACCUGGAGGAGGAGCUGAAGGUUCUAGUUGACCUGAGAGCAGACAACCAGCGUCUUAAGGACGAAAAUGGAGCGCUGAUCCGUGUCAUCAGCAAACUCUCCAAAUAGACGUGGAAAGCGAGAGAGAGAGAGAGAGACAGGAAGAGCAGGGAAUCCCCCUUCGUCCCUCUUUUCAUCCAUCUCUUCUUCCUUCCACACAUUCCUCCCAGUGCCAAAGAACGAGAGAGAAAGAGGGGUGGAGAGAAGCAGCAAAAUGUCCUACAUACAUGAGCACUACAGCUUGACUUGGAUUGUGAUGCGUCUUGGAACAGCUGGAGUGGCUUUUGUGCCAUAAUGACCAUUUGUCACAGGCUGACCGGUGGCAUGAAGGCCUGUGGCUUUGGUCAGAGGCUCUCACAAGUAGAAGCCAUGAAACCUGACAACAGCCAGAAUGCCCACGGCUGGUGCAACACACGUCUGCUACAACCGUGCAUCAGGGGAACACUAACGUGCACACACAUUCCUAUGGGUGCAUCACAUACUUCCUUGAUGCGCAUUCCACUGAGUGCACUAGGCAGCUCGGGCCUUAAAGCUCCCACUUAGUAUUUAUUUUAUUUGUGAACAUCCUCACAUCUCACACACUCAUAAAUUUACCCCACAAAUCUAAUGUGUUGUCAGACAGUAAAUGUUUUGUUGUAUUAUUUUAAAACUCGGCCCUGAAAUACAUCUCAGGCUCUGUCUACACUUGGCAUCGUCCUUAUGACACGCAGAAGUCUAUGAAGCUCUGUUGGGUUGUUUUGUUUCCACAUGCAAGCGUUUGAUCCCACCUACCUCUCCACCUAUGCACUUCCCCACAUUUUUAUAUUUGUCCCCAGACACACUCCUUGCUCUUACAAAUGACCGCUGAACCAGGUGUCAACCACAGCACUUUACUCUCUGAAAAGCAAUAAAAAAUUAAAUCUGCGAGGCUUCACCCGUCCUCCAGAUAGAUAAACUUAUGUCAGAGCAGGACCUUCUCCUUUAAUAAGUGGAGAGAGAAGUUGCCCAUGCCUGAAGGUCAAAGGUCAUUGCACAAUUAAGAAAAAUUGCUGUUCUGUCAAAGCCUAUUAUUCUAUGAAUGGUUUUAACUAUUACCAUUGAUAGAUUUUUUUUUUCCAUUGUCAGGUCCUCUCUUGCAAGGAGCAUAGUUAUGUAUAUUACAUGUCUAUAAAUAUUAGUCUUCAAUAAUACUCUUUGAAGUAAAAUUCCAUGUAGCCUUUCUUCACAUUUUGGUUUUCUAAUAUAUAUUAAAUGGAUGUCUGCACCCUU